UGGGGUGUAACCGUCAUUCGAACGAUGUCUCUGAGUCGAUUGUUUCCAUCCAGGAGCUCACUCCGUCUUGUGGCGGUCCCAUUUCGCGUGAUCUCCACAUCGCCGACCUCAUCUGCUGUCGGUGGCUGGCCAGAUGAGAAACCUGAAGAAAUGGAUAAUCCGAGUUUGUGGCAAAAGAUCGUUCUCCGUUUCAAAGGAAUACCACUAAAAGGUGAGGUUCACCCACCACGGUCGAUGUUCUCUGAUGUGGACAAAGAGUGGUUUGCACCAAAGUCGCUUCCUGAAGUACCUCGAGAUUAUAAGGAAUACCCGGAAAGAGAUAUCGUAAACUUUCCUUAUCCGGCACGUCGUAUGUAUCCUCCAAAAACUCGACUUUUGAUGAUCCCUGACUCAUGGUGUACACCGUUCUAUAAAGUCACUGGUGUAUCAGGUCCUUAUUUGUUCUUCGGUGGGAUGUUCGCAUUUUUACUGAAUAAAGAGUUGUAUGUGUUGGAAGAACAGGCUCAUAUGUUGUGUGGCUGGAUUAUUUUCUACUUACUUCUGUCGAGGACCAUUGGAUAUCGAGUAGAUAAAUGGUUAUAUGGUGAAUACAUAAAGAGGAUGGAUCAUUUCAAAGAACUGAUUGAGGAGGAUUUGAAGGGAGCGAGAGAUUUUAGAACGGCAUGUGAAGCCGAAUCGCAAUCAUUGCAAGCGAUGAAAGAACGUUUUCCGAUUGUGCUGAGAGAGACAAUGGCACUUCAACUUGAAGCUGCCUAUCGGGAGAACGUUCAAAAGGUUGCGACGGAAAUGAAACGACGCAUCGAUUAUUUGCAAGAAACAGAAGCAACAAAAUCGAGAUUCGAACAAGAGCACAUGCUCAAAUGGAUCAUUAAUGGGGUGCGCUUACAUCGUCAUUUCUGA